CUCGUUAACCUGAUUGGCUUGUUGCGUAUGGGUUUGUCCCUUAGGAGAUGACCUCAUCAAUGAUGUCAUCCCGUUUAGUGGAAACUGUUAUGAUUAAUGUGGACGACUUCGCAGAUAAUUUUUUAACGUGUGGUACGUGUUUCAGUGGUUAUAAUUCAAGUGAACGUGCUGCCAAAUUAUUACCUUGUUCACAUACAAUAUGCCGUUCUUGUUUAGAUCGGAUCCUUACAAAUGAAACUCAGUCAGAGACAUUUCGUUGCCCAAUUUGCCGGGAGAAUAUUGCUAUUCCAUCAGGUGGUGCAGCUUCGUUUCCUCCGGCUUUUAUAGUAAAUCAGUUAUUAGACCUACUUGCUACCCAUCGUCGAGAUGUUGUACCUAAAUGUUGUAUACAUCCAUCACAAGAGCUAUUAUUUUGUGAAACUUGUGAUAUGGUAUUUUGCAGUGAAUGCCGAGGUCGUAAUCAUGCUGUUCAAAAUCAUGUGAAUGACUCAUCGUGUUUACCAGUGAACAAUGGAAAUCAAGAUAUUACUGCACAAGUAGAAAGUUCAUCGUCGAAUACUGGCCUAAAUCAUAAUGUGAUCACAUUCAAUGUUGCACUAAAACGUUGUUCAGAAAUUAUGCUUUAUAAAAUGCAUUUAUGUACUCAAGAGUUAAAUUGUGCUCAAGAAGCCGUAACAAGUGAACUAGAACGUUUAACAAAUAAUACUAGUUCAUGUGUUGAAUCUAUUAACUCACGUUUUUCUGAGAUAUUGGCACUCGUUGAACAUCGUCAGGGAGAAUUAUUAGACUGUGUGAAACGACUUGGAGAAGAAAAACGACGUGCCUUAACAGAUCAACUUUCUUUAAUUGAAACAGAAAGAGACUUAAUUCGUACAGAAUGUGAUCGUUUAAAGGGCGUUAUGGAUGUACGAAGUAUUACGAAAACAAUAAGUUACCUAAAUGAUAAAUUGGAUUCGAUUAGUAGCUUAACUGAACCUCGUGAAAAUGCCUUCCUUUGUUAUCAAGACUGUGUUGGUCCAUACAAUCAGCAUAAUCAUAUAAAUAUGUGUUGUACUGCCUCGAAACGCACCAUAUGUUCAUCAUCCCCAUCGGUUACAAAUUAUAGUGAAUCAGACUCACCAUCCUCUUCAUCUCAUCAUCGUAAUCAUCAUCAAAGAUCGAAUGUGUCUUCUACAACAACUCUUCAGUCUUCUCCUCAUCAGGUUAGCCUUCCUGAUAUUGCUCGUUGUCUUGCUGGCUUUGGUCGUUUAGUUGUUAGUACAACUUAUCCUGCAUUAUGUACUGCUCGUUUACCAAAUGAAAUGUUUACCCAUCUGUAUACUAGAUGCACUAUUCAAGCAGUUGACUAUCAUGGUCGUCCUCAAUCAAACAGUGGAACAGAUCCUAUUGAAGUUGCUUUUACAGAUCCACGAGGUCACUUAGUCCCAACUGAUAUAUUAGACAUUGGAAAUGGUUGUUACGAGGUUAGCAUGAUUACCCCAUUUUCAGGUCUUCAUAAAUUAUCUGUAAAAAUUCUCAACAGACCGAUUCGCGGCUCACCUUUCAGUGUUCAUGUAAAACCAACACAAAAACGUAUUUGGUCUUUAAAAGAAGGCUCCGACGGUCGAGGAUUGAUUCAACCGUUCGCUGUAGCUUUUGGACCUUAUCCUAUUCGUCCUUCUGAUGCCUCAUCAAAUGCCCCACAAAAUGAUUGUUCAAUAACUGGAGAUUUCAUUUACGUUUUGGAUACAGGCAAUAGCCGUCUGUUAGUACUAAAUCCUGCAGAUGGUUCACUUCAUACCACUGUGACCGGUGAACCAUUAUCUAGUCAAGCUGCAACUGGUAUGGUGUGGUCACCUCAGGGCUUAUGGAUUGUAAAUUGGCGGGCUAAGCAACUGUUCCUGUUAGACCCAGCUACUGAACAGGUACUUUCAUCUGUGUCAAGUCCCUUGUUCAAGGAGCCAACUAGUAUCGCCAGAUGUCCCUUAACUAAUCGUUUAUUUAUUGCUGAUAAUGGAGCUGGUUGCGUUUUUGUUUGUGACCCUGAAACCUGCUCUGUGAAUGUGUUUAUUGGGACAAAUACUACAUCCGUUUAUGCGGAUAAUGAUGCAAGCACUCCGACUAGACACAGUACUUUAAUUCGAACCGAAGCUAGUUCUCAUUUGCCUCAACCUAAAGUUUGCAAAUUAAUCACAGGAUUGUGUGUAGCUGACUCUGGAGAAUUGAUUUUGUCUACAGGAACAUGUAUUCGAAUAUUUUCAUCAGAUGGACAUUUUCUUUCUGACCUGUUACCUCCAAAUCAACCAGGUGAUGAUCAUUUACGUGUGCGUAUCUCAACAUUACCGUCAAGAGCUUCGUUGGAUACUUCUUAUUUUAAUGCUUUGAAUAAUUCAUAUGACAAUCCAAAUUCGGAAUAUAUAAAUGCUGGUCGUUUAAGUUUAUCUGAAAUCCGCCAUUCAAGUGGUCCUUCAAAGUCACGAAUUCCUCCAUCACGUGGUCAAUUCGGUGGUGUGUCGUUCAGUACUGCACCAACGGAGUCUGCUAAUAGUCAAACCGAUAAACUAGGAAAAUGUAUCCUAGCAACUUAUUCAGAUAGACAACGUUCUGGUGUUGUCGUUUGGCCAGAAACAUUGUGGACUUCCAGUUGUCGACAAUCCGUUCACGAAGUAGAUGACAGUACGAUAUCUUCUAACAUAAUUACUAACAGUAAUAAUAAUGAUAUUGUGUGUAAUACCACUAACGCUGCCACUACUAUUAAUGUCCCUAGCAGUAGCAGUAGUAACAAUAACAACCGUUUCUCUGUAGUAGAUCCAAACUUUCAAACAAAUACUUGUGCAAUUUUUUGUCCUUUAAAUAGAAGUAGAUACCUCUUUAAACCAUACUUAAUUGAAGUAGAUCCGUCAUUUCGACGAUUGGCUGGUUUAGUUACUUUAUCAAAUUGUAGAGAUGUUAUUGUUGUUGAUCAAGGUGCUCAAAAUAUUUCCAGAAUUCACUAUGCAUGAAGUUGAUUUCAUUAUUCAAUUUUUCUGCAUUUUUUUCUACGAUGAAUUAAUUCGCACAAUAUGUGAUAAACAUAUUUUUUUCUCUGAAAAUAAUUUUCCUUCCAUUUUAUUCAUAUCAUUUAUAUGAAUAUAAACACAGCUGAUAUCCACUUUUUUCAAAUACAUCUAUUAGCUCGAUUCAAUGUCCUUUCAGUUGUAUUCCACUUUUCUAAUUGGAUAGUUAUAAUAAAUUCAUCGAUAAUGUCACCUAUUAUCACAUUAUUGUUAUUAGUAUCAUCAUUAUCACCAUGAUUACUAUUAUUACUCAUGGAUAUUUUAUGCAUAUUUUUUUAUGAGAAGCGUUUAUUUUCUAAAAGAAUCAAUUCUAUUCUGUUAUCACUAGUUUCCAUAGGUAUAUAUACAUACAUACGGUUUUACGUAUAUGUAAUGUACGUUUACAUGUAGGAUAACAAUUAUUUCUCUAUUAUACCGUUUUCUUGUAUCUUAAACAUGUUAAUAAUUAUAAUUGUUAUUGUUUCACCAUACAACUGUAGUUUCCCAUCAUUCUUAGAUUUUACUAUUUUCUUCAUGUUUUUUAUAUAACUGCGUUUAUUGUGUAUAUGUUGUUGGUCCUUUCUUAUUUUUGUUGUUGAAAUGUUAUUUCUUUCUGUUCUUUUCUUUAAUAGAUAACAAGAGUUGUUGACAAUGUCUUUUCAUCACCUUCUUCAUUAUACCCAUAAUGUUCUCUUUUCCGUUUUUUUUCCCGUUCGAAAGUUUUCUUUGAAUUUAUUUACAUUAUACAAUUCAUCAUUUUCAUCAUAGUUGUGUCCCCUUUUGUGUGUUCAUUAUCCCAAGUUAUUCAUCUUUUAGUCGAUAAUAGUGAUAAAUCAUUUGUAAUUAGUUCAUCUAAACUAUAUAUAUAUAUAUAUAUAUAUA